AUGGAUGGGUGCCUGGAGGACCUGCCUGUCCAAUGGAAACAGGCCCGCGUGGGAGUGACGUUACCGUCGCGCGUCAGCGUCCCCGGCUGGGCCAAGGCGGCCCGAAACAUUUUUUUCUCUUUCUCUUGCCAGCAGAACCCUUCCCUGGUGCGGUUCGUUCAUUGCCACCCGCACAGGAGCCCGUCCGCCACCGUUCGUCGACCAGAAGCAAGGCCCUUUUCGCGACGACCUACAGAGUCGUUUCAGUCGCGGCCACUGGAUCUCCCUUCAAACGCGAGGGUCGAACUGCGCGUGAGUGUCUGCUGGGUGGUGGAGAUGGGCUCUGACGCCACAGCCAAACUCAAUCCGAGUGCUGGCACUGAUGGGGGAAUUGCUGCUGAGUGA